CCAGUUCCGUGUAGUGUCCAAAUAUGAAAUAGUGGCAUCAGUGUGGCUUAUGUGACGUGGAGUCGGUUACUUGGUUGAUGCCGCAGGAAAUAUGGCGACGCAGCCGAGCGAUUACACGGAGUUUCCCCCUGAGGUGAUAUUGAAGCCCCAAGCGCUGGUAGCGCUCUCGGGGCUUGACACCGUGAACAACGCUGUGCACCGCGCGAUAUGGGACGCUUUCUCCAACAAUCGCCGCGCGGAUCGCGCACCUGUGCGUUUUAAGCUGCUGCCCAACACAUUCGAGUUCCCUGUCGUCAAACCCAAAAGGAACUCAUACGAAUGGUACAUUCCCAAAGGGAUAUUAAAGAAAAAUUGGAUUCAAAAGCGAGUCACGCUGAUCCCUGCCUUAGUCGUUAUAUUCUACGACAUGGAAUGGAAUGACCCACAGUGGAAUGAAAAGAUUAUUGAAUGUGCCUCUAGAGUUCAGUCUAUUCGGGCGGCGAUAGAGGGCCAUGCUACUCGCGUCGCUGUGGUAGUGGUGCAGAGUGGAUUGUCCCCUCCUCCCUCCGAGUAUAUGUUAGGAGCAGAGAGAGCGCAAGCAUUAUGUGCUGCUUGUGAGAUACAAUCAAAAUCCCUAUUUGUACUUCCACACAGUGACCAUUUAAUGGGCUACAUAGCGAGGUUGGAGAAUGCAUUUUACGAUAUAGCACAGAACUACUACCACCAUGAGACCAAGAACAUAAAGCAACACAGAGAUCAUCUAAAUAAGACUACACACCAGUAUCUAUUUGUUAGACACCAAUUUAAGCUGGGCUACUUAAAUGAGCUGAAGCAGGACUUGAGCACUGCUCACAAGCACUACAUGCAUGCUUACAACAACUUGCUGGAGACUAGAACUGUAGAUACCAAUUUACAUGAAGUGAGGACAGUAGCUGGAUUCAUCAACUAUAAACUGUGCAAGCUGUUGUUUGCUUUAAACUUGCCUAGAGAUGCCAUUGCUCAACUGAAGUCUCACAUAGAGAGAUACAAGAAUAGAGUAGGACCUACCGAGCUGCUGUUUGAGCACUAUGCUUGGAUUGCUAGACAAUAUAGUGCCUUUGGAGAACUGUUUGAUGAGGCAAUUCGUGCAGGGCUUCCAGCUAUACAAUCACAACAUCCUGGCUUCUACUAUCAGCAUGCAGCCCAAUUCACAGCAAAAAGAAGGCAGGCCAUGCGAUCAGUGUGUGGUGAAGCUCUUCAAUAUCCACCACCACCAGACCCAUUGGAGGGAAUAAUUGAGUAUUAUGGUCAGAGGCCAUGGCGCCCGGGUCGGCUCAGUGCUGAUCCACAUGAUCCUCAGAAGGAACAGGCUGCAGUAUUAGCACUCCAGUAUAAUGAGAGGACUUUCAAUCACUCCGCAAUGAUAGUGAGUUUCCUUGGCUGUGCUAUUUCCCAAUUUAAAACAUUCCACUCACCUAGAAUGAGGAAGCAGCUUGUGGUGGAAAUGGCCAAUGAGUAUUUUUAUUGUGCUGACUAUGGAAAAGCUCUCACAUUGCUUACCCAUAUGUUGUGGGAUUACAGAAGGGAAAAAUGGUGGUUCCUUGCAUCACAUGUUCUUAAUCGAGCAUUGCAAUGUGCCUAUCUGUCAGCUAAAAUUCAAGAUUAUAUUCAACUAUCAAUAGAAGCACUGUCAAAAAAUAUACAAGUGCCAAACAAUGAUAAGGAGCGGAUAUACGAAAAUAUAAUGUCAGUUUUGAACAUGAGCGUCCCCUCCCCGGAGCCAGACUUGCCGAUCUCCUCACAUAACAAAGCACUGGAAUUGUGGCAAGUUGCAGUGGAGAAGGAACCACUCACAGUACCUGUGGAUAUGGCUAACAUUUCCAGCUUUGUGGAGGUGAAGCCAAAGUUCAGGCAGUCAAAGUAUAGAAUGGAUGAAAUCAUAGAAGUAGAUAUAUAUGUCAGACUAACAUAUGCAACAACACUUGAGGUAAAGAAUGCGUUCAUGACUGUUUCUAGUCAUACUGAAACUAUUGAUAUCCCAGUAUCAGAUAACACCAACAACACAAUUUUACUUGAAGGUGGGAAAGUGAAAAAAUUUUUGUGUCAAUUUAAAUCAAAUCCUCUAGAUAGUGGGUCUGAUUUACAUAUCAAGAAUGUCUCGUUUGUGUUAAGUUCAGAUAGGAAGAGAAAGAUUAUAAUGAAUUUCAAAUUGGAAGACAAUAAAACAUCAGAGUCGGUCACACAUCCAGAGCUGCUACAUUUCAUCCUGAGUCCUAAAGCUGACUAUGAGUUUGAUUGUAUUGUGCCCUUGACCACAGCCUCAAUUACAGCAAGAGAGUGUAGGCUGUCUAUAGAAGUUUCAAACAGCAGUCCUGCACUUCAGGGGGAAUGGUUUCCAACAACAUUUACUAUUACUAACAACGAAGAAAGCUCUGUGUAUGAUGUGAAACUUGCCCUGUCUCUACUGAGCUCUCCUGAUAACCCAAAUCCAGAGACCGUCACUGAACUCAGUCUACAAGAGGGUGAAGCUCAGAGCCAACCAUUAAGAAUACCAGUAGGCAGUAUUAAGAAAUCUUCCAAUCACUGGACAACUUUCUAUUUGAAGACCAACAGAACAGCAACCACCACGGUUCAAAUUAAAGUAUCUUACAUAAUAGACCUGCCGGAAAUUUUAAAGUUGGAAUGUGCAAAAGAUUUCACAACAAAAAUAACAGUGAUAAAGCCAUUUGAGGUUACAACAAAUUUUGUGUCUAUGAAUUUUAGGCCAACAUCAAAGUGUUUUGUUGAUGACCCAUUUAUUGUAAUGCCUCAAAUGAAAAUCUUAAGCCCCUGGGAGUUGCUGAUAGUAAAUACAGAGUUGGAGGUGAUGGACUGCUUCAAAUAUGGUGACAAUGAGAAACCACCAUCAUGCAUAAAAAAUGUGGAUGUUGCUGAAAAAAAUAUAGCUUCAGAUGCUAUCUGCAUACAGGCCAAGUACAAACCAAAAGAUACCCCAACAAGAGUUGGCUUGUACAAUAUUACAUGGAGAAGAAAGAGCAAUCCAGAAAGGCAUUGUGUGAUGAGUAGCACUCCUCUUUCUGGUCUGCUCAUAGAUGAGUGUCCAAUAGCUAUUGAAGUCAAUUAUCCAGAAGUAGUUCAACAGCUUACAUCAGUUCCUCUUAAGUGCACUUUAAUUGGUAAAUCCAACACACCUGUUAGACUUAGCCUCACUGUGGAAGGCACUGAUGCUUACAUGUUUUCAGGCUAUAAGAAGUUGUCAGUCACAGUCCCUCCAAGGGACAAAGUGCAGCUCUGCUAUAAUAUUCACCCGCUUACCGCUGGCAACACCACUCCCCCUAGAUUAAAAGCCACAGUGCUAGGUGAUGCUUCAUGUCAAGAUGUUGUUACAGAAAUGUUUGAAAAAGUAUUUCCUCAAAAUAUAUUUGUUAUGCCGAAGUACAAUAAAUAAACUACAUUAUUACAGGUAUCUAUUCCAUUUGGAUUUGCAAUGAAUAUUGUAAAUAAUUUGAACAAAGUGUAAGUUGUUUUGUAUGUAUAUGUAUGUAGAGUUACCUUAUAAUUAUUUUAAAUAUUAAAUU